CUUCCAUCACAUCAUCUAAUGAUUCCUCCCAACACGCAUGCAUCAUGUCAUUUUCUCUGGUGGUCUCCUGCAACCGACCUCUCACCGCUCUUGGUUGGCCGUGCAUCCAACAAGGUAUAGCUUCACCAUCACGCUAACACCAGACUCGACUCGUUACAAGGGGAUGCUUGGCUGGAACCAGCAUUUGAUUACGCUCGAGAAACCAUCAUACAUCAUGAUUUUGAAAAGGCAUAUGUCACUUAAAGACCUGCUCGGAACUUAAUCACAGCCCCCAGGCUCUUCGUCGCUAUCCCUCACCGCUCAAUUUCAUGUACAACUCGCGAUCCACGGAAAACAUAUGUCGGUCGACGUCGGAUGGCUUAGCAUGGAACCAGAACGUACGGAUAAGUGGUACAAUCAUGCUAGGAGGCACUUCCAGUGCGAAAGCAAGCUUCGACAUACCUAUACCCAUCAUCAUUGGGUCAGACGCGGUCGUCUCCCGACUUCCGGUCACUUUGUGGAGGAAAAUAUUGGCAGAAUUGUCUCAUGAGGAUAUUAAAUCCAUGACGCUCUUAUCUGGCAUCUUUCGUUCCCUUUUCCAGCCGCUACUUUUCCGGAAGCUCGUGCUACACCCAUACUACACAUCCCUUGCCGAUCGCGGCUUCAUAUAUCUUCACCGACGGCGAUGGAUGAAACAAUCCGAGUUCUUCCUCCUUCCCCACAUUGCACCUGUUAUCGAAGAGUGCUACAUAGUACCCCACGGCUUUCGGCCUGGAGACGGGGAGAGUAAGUGGGCCACCAUAGAUGACAUUGUCGAUUCCAUCUUUAAUAUUCUUCCCAACUUUCCGAAACUGGAAAAAUUGGUCUGCCACCAAGUUGACCUUACGUCGAAGCGCAUGAUUGGGCUCAGGGUUCUUUCACUGAAGUCUAUCUGGUUGGACUCAUGCUAUCGCCGCGGGCGAAUAUCUGACAUGGUCCCUAUGCCUUUGGAUACGGUUGUCUUGUACAAUUCAGUGCCGCCGCGGGGGUCUCAUAUCGACCCGUCGUUCUUGUCACUCUUCCUCCAUUCACCCUAUCUCAAAAAGCUUGUUGCAGGGCCUACGGACGAUAUCCUCGUUUCCAUGAUCCUGCAUCCCAAGCCAUUCUGGCACUUAUCAGAGCUCGACGUGUCCAUCGACUGUAUCGUGUCGAAUAGAAACUUCGUCACCGCGCUAAAUAGGUGCCCCGAACUGAAGAAAUUGUCCCUACGUCCAUUCCACAAACCAGUGCCGAAGCAUGGUUUAGGUUCAUUCCCCAGCCAUAUCGUUCCGAAGCUUCAGUCCUACAGAGGACCACACGUUUGUUUGCCAGUAUUCGCCAAUGAUCGUCGAUUGAAGACGAUCGAUAUCUCCUUUGUGUGCUCUCCAGAGAAUCUAAAAAAAUCACUGGAUAGAGUAAAACAACCUGCCCAAGACCAUGUUGAGUCCUUGACUGUCAAAGUCACCGAUAAUCCGCUCGCUUCAGCAUUACUUCAUCAUAUCCAUAUUUCGUUCCCCUCUUUGCGAGUGCUGAACAUCAAGCAAGCAACAUGUUCUGCUCUGGAUUGGCUCGCACUUCUGAAUGGAGAAGAGCACUGUGGUAUCCAGACCUUGCAAUUUGGUGUGCAUAUUGGGGAUCCAUACUUGACGUGGAACACUCCUGUACAACAGAUACGUAAAGUCACCAGAGCGUUUGUAUACCUGUACCCUUCACUCAUGCGAACAUAUCCGUCACUACAGAGGGUGCAGAUUGUGUAUAACAUCAAUGGGGCAUCGUUGGUGUGGCGCAAUCGUUCACCAGGUAGAUCUACUUCCUUGGACCUGAGGGAUGUCCGUGUCGAGGUGGAUUCCAACAAACCUGAAAGCACAGGUAGGCGCCUACGACCUGUGGAGAUGCAAAUGAGCCGUGGACAAUGGUCAGUCGUGAUUGACCGCAAUCUGCUCCUAGGCUUGAAACCCUCUUUAACAUAUGCCUAAAAUUCAGUUGCCUGAUUCGAAACUUCCAUCAGAGCAUACAAUAGCAAUUACGGAUAAUUCGAAUAGCAGUCUUUAGGACGAUAAAAGCUGGCAAGCAGGCGGC